UAUGGACCAAUAUCGAGUCGCGCGUCACUUCCUGUGACUUAUGUCAACCAGACUUAUCUUAUUAAGCUCAUUCGACUCCCAUAGUCUGUGUGCGCUCCGUCUUUCAUCGUUCCACUACGAGUUUAGGCGAGCCGUGUGGCUUCGACCUUGCAUUUUUGGUUGCUCUGAGAACACACGUCAAAUGGUAUUUGAAGUUAGCUCACUCGACAACGACGUGGACUUCGAUGCUGUACCCCAGAACCGUGUCACGAUGAUUGUCGGUAGAGAUCAAACCGUUUUUUGGAAAGGUUGCAAUGUCACCGUGUACGAUACAGAUAGUGAGGGCAAACAACAAAUCACAUUCUUGGAAAGCAUGCCAGAUGGUCAAAUGGUGGUCAGAAAUGGUGUGAAACUAUACAUCACGCAAGGCAAGGUCAAAGAGGAGGAUGGUACUGGUUGAAUUUAAGCGUACAGUUUCUUGCUGAUCUCAAAGCCACGGUUAAGAUCAAGGGAUAGGUUGAUUAUCGCCCCUUGAGCUGUGAUGAUCAUUGAAACACAUUCUGUCAAGAGC